AUGAAACUGCUUACUAUUGGCUUGAUACUUGCUGGAGCUGCUUGUGUCGCCGGAGCUCCUGUGCCAUUUGGUGAGAUUGAACCUCGCCAUGAGAGCAAGGAAAACGACGUCCAACUGUCUGUUCCUGUGGAAGUGGUUGCGAAUGUAAAUGUAGACAAGGUUGUGGAACUUCCGGUGCCAGUGCCUACUCCCGUUGAGAAAAUUGUGGAAAAGGUUGUGGUCAAGGACCGUCAGGUACCAGUGCCUACUCCUGUUGAAAAAAUUGUGGAAAAGAUUGUGGCCAUGUUCAGGUCAUAA